CUUGUCAAUGUGCUGAUUUCUAUACUUGUUUGUUAUUUAUUACAUUAAAACAGUUAAAUACGGGUUUUAUAAUAAGAAAGCAUUUACAUAAAACUUUAGACAUUCCAGCGAAUUUCGUUACGACCGCUGUUGGUAUUGUCUCGAGACGAUUGAUAGUACUCGUACAGCCGGACAAGUUGUCUUCUGAGAUUGGAGUUGAUUGAAUUAGUGAUGGAGGCGAUGGAUAUUCAAGCCGUGGAGUCGAAGUUGAGCGACGUCACUGUGACCGCUAUACCUAUGAGCAGCAAAAACGUUCACAAGGAAUUGGCACACGGUGGAAACAGCCACGCAACUAUAUCCACCGUCCCGGCGUCGUCGCCCUCCUCAAACGGGAAGGAUAAAGAUAAUGGUACCACUAAUAUGUUUAUUUUAGCGUCCAUGGCGGUAACAUGGAAUAAUAAACUGAAGUGGAACACUGGAUACAAUGCAGACUCGGUCGAGUGGUGCCCUAUUGAGGGAUAUCGCAAUGUACUAGUCUGCGGCACGUAUCAACUUGAGAAAAAGGAAGAAGAUCAAGAGUGUUCAGAACAAACGCGACUUGGUAGAAUAUACCUAUUCAUUAUAGAUAAGAAUACCACAGAACUAUCACCGAUACAAACUGUGAAUACAUCUGGAAUAUUAGAUCAGAAAUGGUGCUAUCAGAUGGUACAGGAUCAUCCAGUUCUGGCUGUGGUUACCUCGCAAGGAUUUAUCCAACUCUAUCACCUACUUAAGGAAAACAACACAAUAAGUUUGAAAUUAUGGACGGAUUUAAGUCUGAGUGAAAAUACUAUAGCUUUAUCAGUCGAUUGGUCGACAAACAGAAUACCUUCGGAGGAACCUUUAUUAGUUGUGAGUGAUUCGCAUGGAGCAAUUACCGCUUUAAAAGUUACAGCAAAUGGUUUACAGAGUAUUGGAGCGUGGAAGGGUCAUGAUUUUGAAGCGUGGAUAACCGCUUUCAAUUACUGGAGUGCGGACACGUUUUAUUCAGGUGGUGAUGACUGCAUUUUCAAAGUAUACGAUAUGAGAAUGCCUGAUAAUGCGAUCGCUCUUAACAGGCGACAUGAGGCCGGCGUCACAUCUAUCAGAAGCCACGUCGAGGUGGAACACCAGUUAUUGACUGGCAGUUACGAUGAAAAAGUGCGUCUAUGGGACGCAAGGAAUCUUAAACAAUGUGUCACUGAGACUGACGUGAAUGGAGGUGUUUGGCGCCUAAAAUUCCAUCCAUACAAACCAACGUCGAUCCUAGCUGCAUGUAUGUAUGGGGGAUUCCGGAUAUUGCUACUCGAAGAGCAAGCAAUAACAGUUGUUUGCGAGUAUCUUGGACAUGAUAGCAUCGCGUACGGUGCAGAUUGGCAGUAUAGUGAAGAUUCCUUGGUUGCAACUUGUUCGUUUUACGACUGUAAAUUACAUAUUGGAGAAAUUAUAUUUGAUUAAAGGCUUA